AUGUGCCAAGAGAAGAAUAUAUGUUUCGUGUUUUUACCAUCUAAUAGCACUCAUUUAACCCAGCCCUUAGAUGUGGCUUACUUUAGACCAAUGAAAAUUGCAUGGCGUAAUAUUCUUCUAGAAUGGAAGAAAAAAGAUGGUAAAAAAGAAUCUUGUGUUCCAAAGGGAUGUUUCCGAAAACUUUUAAAAAAGCUUAUCGAAGAAUUACAUAAAAAUGCAAAAAAAAAUAUAUUGGCUGGUUUCCGAAAAACAGGAAUUAAUCCUAUCGAUCAAAACCAGGUGUUAAACAGAUUGCCAGUUGAAGAUUGUGAAGAAGAAGUGGAAAAAUCAAUUUUGGACUUACUUAAGGAGCUACGCUAUGGAACCACGACCGUCAAGCAAUCUACAAGGAAAAGGAAGUUAAAUGUAAUUGCUGGGAGAAGUGUUGGGGAUGGAACUGAAGUUAAAAAUUCUAGGGAUUAUGAUGAAAUUGAAGAUAUAUAA